AUGGGCAUUGAUAAGCCAGAUGUGCGAUUUGUAAUUCAUUACAGUUUACCUAAAUCCAUCGAGGGUUAUUACCAAGAAACAGGAAGAGCGGGAAGAGAUGGUCAUCCUUCUUAUUGUCUCCUACUGUACAGUUAUCAGGAUGCAAUAAGAUUGAGAAAGAUGGUUGAAGCUGAUGAUAGCAAUGCACCGGUGAGUGUUCGCUCGAUGCAUUUGCAGAAUAUCUAUCAGGUAGUCUCCUACUGUGAAAACAUAUCCGUAUGUAGAAGAAAGAUUCUUGUGGAACACUUUGGAGAGGUUUACGACGCUCAGAUGUGUCUCAGAAGUACGACGCCAUGUGAUGUUUGUCAACGACUGAAGCAAAACUCAGAUGCUGUGAAACUUUACGAUGUUUCCGAUGAGGCACAAUUGAUUCUAACAGCGAUGACGCGAAUGAGAAAUGUCACACUGAGGUAUCUUGCUGAACUAUUCCGUGGACAACUGAGCAAAAAAGACGCUGAUCAAGCAAUGCGACUUGGACAUACCGCAUUGCCUUUCUAUGGUCGAGGUGUUGGAAUGUCUGAACAAGAUUCACUACGCUUCCUAAGAAAAAUGGUGGUUGAAGGGUUUAUUGUUGAACGUCUGUACCGUACCAAAUUUGAGAGUACUGUAGCAUAUGCUGAACUUUCACCUAAAGGUCGACAGGUAGCUAUGGGAGGAGCGAAACCAAAGGUGUAUCUGCACGUUACUACGGAUAAGAAGAGGAAAUCCAUAGCAUCUGAUCUCUUAGCUAGAACAGCAGUUUCUGAGGCGAAGGCAUUAAAAGAAAAACACAUGGUAAAGUAUGGUGAUAUCUUCACCAGAUGUCUACAAGCGCUUACCCAGUUACUGACAGAUUUAGCCGAAGAAGGGCGACUGUCCGGACCGUAUGCAAUCAUUUCCAGAGAGGGAGUGGAGCAGGUGGCAGCAUUGUUACCGAGGACGAACACAGACUUAGUACAGGUGGACUCAAUGACGUCAAGCAAGGUAGAGAGAUAUGGUGGUCGAAUCAUGACUGCUCUAAAGCCAUUCUGGAAGGAAGUAGACGAUCGCGACGAAGCUGAAAUGCGAGCGCAGUUGGAGAAAUUGAAGGAGCAUGAGACAGCCGCUCCACUCCCAUCUGUUCCGACGGAAUUAACUGGACCGUCAGCACCACCUUCUUCUGGAACGGGGAGAUUUGCACCAAGAUUUGGUCGUUUUGCCCGAGGUCGUGGUGGUGCCAAUGUGGGACACGCCCCAAGAGCAACUCCACGUUUGAAAAAGAGGAAAAGCGGGAAUAACAGCCGUGGAAAUAGCCAAGCAUCAUCUGGUGGACCUCGAGCGAAACGAGCUAGACCAUCUUUCAAACCUCCAACAUUCGCCGGAAGAGGAAGAGGAGCUAAACUGGGAAAAGCUACACCACAAUUAAAUCCAGUAUUGUUUCCAGUUUGA